CCAAUCAUAAUCGUAUUUGUAGAGUGAGGCGGCGGAUCAGCCAAUCAGCACGCGGCUUGCUUCCUGACGUGUGUUGCUGUAAACAUUGUUCCUGGAGAUCUGCCCUCUCAACGCCGGAUAACACAGCAGCUCAAAAAGAUGGCGGAUGAUCAACAGUUCUGUUUACGUUGGAAUGAAUUCCAAAGUAACAUGGUCUCUUCUUUCAAGCAUUUAAGAGAAGAAAAGAGCUUUACUGAUGUGACUUUGGCAUGUGAUGGACAGACGUGUAAGGCACACAAAAUGGUGCUGUCUGCAUGUUCGCCAUACUUCAAAGCUCUAUUAGAGGAGAACCCAUCAAAGCACCCUAUCAUAAUUCUGAAGGAUGUACCAUUUACGCAUUUGCAAGCCAUCUUGGAGUACAUGUAUGCUGGUGAAGUUAAUGUGGCUCAGGCUGACCUCCCAAAUUUCCUCAAGACAGCAGAAAGACUCAAAGUUAAGGGCCUCGCUGAAGUUAAUCAAAAUGAACGGCAAGAUCGCUGAGAUACUGCUCAGGUCAAGGGAGGCUUGGGAAACGGGUCGUCAGAGAAGCCAAAGCCAUUACUACUGUCUCUUCAAUCCCUCUGCUUCUCACUUCCCUCCAAACUUCUCUGUGCUUACUGCAGUUACCUGGGACACCUGCUUAUCCAACCUCUCUGGCCACUCUUGUGACUUGGUAGCCCAUCUAGAGCCUUGCAAGUUCAAUCUGGCUCCAUUUACUAGUGACUUGGUCUGCAAUUUUUGAACCUCAAGAUAGUCAUUUAAAUAUAACUUCAAAUUUGUAUAACUUUGAAUAGGGACUCGGUCCAGCCAAGUCACCUCCAUCCUUUUCUUUAUCCUUCUAUCUUGGGUUCAUAACUAAGAUGUUCCAGCUGGAGUGUUGCUUGAGAUCAGUUUGCAAGUGAGACAAACCAGGACAAAUUGCUGCCUUAAGGCAUGUGCAGUGAGCCACAAGUCACAAGGAGUAGGUUAUCAUUUGCAAUUAUGGGUUUUAUUUAUAUGUAUGUACAUAGGCAUGUAUAUAUAUAUAUAUGUAUGCAUAUGUGUAUAUAUGCUUGUGUGUGUGUGUAUUUACAUAUAUAAAUACACCUACAUAUACAUAUAUCUACACAUGUAUACACAACUGUAAUUUGGGGCUAUAGGUUAUUGGUAUAUAAAAUAAAAAAUGGCCAAUCCAGAUAAGGUCAUCUUUCAGUUUUUGUAUUUUUUUUUUUUUUAGGUGCAUUGUAUAUAUUGGUACAUAAUUUGCUAUCAUCUGUUAAUUUACAUUUUAUUGAGCUCCUGUAUAAGAAUUCCCAUAUAAACCCACCUGGUUGCCUUUACUUUGCAAAAGUGAUCUCAAAUAGCAUUAUGAAAAAGAGCACCGCCACACAGUGAUUGUUGGUUCGGUAAUUGGACAACGUAGGUAGCCUCCCACUCCUCUCCCCCCCCCCCCCCACCUUUUUUCUCUGCCUUUUUUUUAAUAUAAAUAUUGUCCUCAAUAAUUACAGUACUAGAUAAUUUUUUAAAGAGGCCAUUUCAUUAUUUUGUUUCCAGUUAGGUCAAAUUAUUUAAGGUCUAUAAAUGGCCUUCAUGUUCAUAAACAUUCCUCGUUUUUGUCAUUUCACAUUGGAUGUAUUCUCCCAAUCUCUAAUGCUUUUCUAAAUUAUCUUGCUCUAUAAUGUUACUUUUAAAUAACAAAAAAUUGUAAUUCAGUGCAUAAAAUCUAAAAAAAAAUAAAAAAAAUAUUGAGUACACUGGUUUAUAUAAAAUAGAAAUUAUACCAGGAGGGGCUUUCAAAGUAUUGUAUGUAAUAAUAACUUCACCCCCUAGCCACCAAAAACAGCAGGGAAGCUUCUGCUCAAGACAUAUCCUUUUUAAUUUUUAUAUAAGUUAAAUGCAGUCAUGCUUCUAUUAUUUAGGUUAAUACGUGUUGCUGACUAAAUACUAAUUCGGGUUUAGAAUAUAUUUUCUGCUCAAGGCCUAAACCAUGCCUGACGAGGGUACCGAUUGAUUUUGAACUGAGGAAGUUUCUAAGUCUUGUAGGGAAACCAAUAUUUUAAUGAAUCGAGCAUCACAAUAUGUAUGUAUAUGCAGCACUAUACUGUAUAUAUAUAUACUGUAUAUAGAAUUUUUUUUUCUCUAAGCAGAUGUAACUCAAAUGGGAGCACACCCCAAUACUGUACUAAAAUAAUAUUGCGAGGCUUGGCAAAACUUCAGGAGACUUCGCCAUUUGGUGGCCAUCUUCUGUGGCUUCCGUGGGAAUUGACCAAGAUGAUUAGUUGACUCGCAAGAGAAUAUUAUUUUAUUUCUAAGUAAUGCACACCCUUAAAAAGUUACAAGGUUGCCUUUCAUAUGGUAUUCUGUGAGAAGUUUGGACAAAUUACUGCUUUGUAUUUCAACAUGUUGAUGGUUUGUUUUAUUUUGUAUAGGCAGUAAUAUUCUGGUUUUUGUGUUAUAUCUGCAUAUAGUUAAAUAAUUUCAAUUUUUAUCAAUUAAAACUCAGAAUUAUUAUAUUUAUUUAUUUCUUGAUAUAUUGUCUGGAGGAUCGGCUUUGACAUUUGUAAACUAAAAUUAUCAUGUAAGUUGGGUGAUUCAGUAUAUUUGUUGUUUCUUUAGGGUUAAUUGUGUACAUGCAUGAAUAUUACAUUGGAACUACCAGAUUUGGGGAAUUGUAUUUAAUUAAUACUUAAGUCACCAGAAAACACCCCAUUUGCUCGCUCUGACUAACAGUGUAGUGUCAGCACUCUUGAGGGAAAGUUGAUGAACUUUGCAUGCUACAGAAGUCAUAACCUUUGCGUACAGUCCUGUAUUUUGUAGGAAGCAUUGGUUAUUUUGGCAAUCUGUGAAUGAAGAUAUAUAUACAAGUAAGAGCUCAUUAGAGUUAGUGCUGGUACUUUCCCACUGGCCAACCGGCCAUACAAAUUUGGACCACCAAAGGACACUGACGCCUCCAGUGUAUAAACGUGUCCUCUUGAAUAUGGUAUAUGCCUUAAAAAAUUACAUUGCCAAAGCCAACACUCUUUGUUUUGGAAUAAAAUACUAAUUUAGUACUUUUCUGUAAUCUGUUUUGAUCAGUUUUACCUUCAAACAAAUGGUAUAAAAUUUGAGUUAGUAUUAAUGGGUUGGCAGUGUCUUAUGGUGACUCCUCACACCCAGGUACCCACACCGCAAGUUAGUAUACGCAGGGGUGUAGCUUUGUAUCUAGAUUAGCAUGGAGCAGUUUUGUACAAGAACUCAAUAAGUUUUUAAUAAAAGUGA